GCUGCAACCACGAAUGGCGCAAGGCAAUCCAUGUGUUGGAGGACCUCCGCUCUAACGCCCUGCAAGUGAAUGCGGCCCCGUUCAAUGCUGCGAUACGCGCAUUGUCCGCUGAAUCCGGGGCGAGGAGCCGGACUAGGGAGCGUCGAUGGCAGAUGGCAUUGAUUACAGCAGAGGAGCUCAUGCUCUUCGGUCCGGAGCCGGACUCUAUCACGCUGAACACAGCGGUGAGUACCUGUGCAUCGGCACGCGCCUGGCAAGCAGCAGUUUCCACCAUCAACGUCGCGCAGCGCUGGUUGGACGUUAUACCAGACUCCAUAAGUUUAAAUACUGCGAUGUCUGCAUGCGAGCGUGCGCAGGAGUGGGAGCACAGUCUUGCGUUGUUUUACUGCGAGAUGCCGCGGUUGCGCAUCGAGCCAACGUUGGUGUCGUUCAACGCUGCAAUCAGCACUUGUGCUGCUGCCGGCCUGUGGCAGGCCGUGCUGUUGCUUGUAAUUAGCCCACGUUUAGCAAAGUGA